UACAUCGGAAUCACGGCAUGUUCUAAAUCUGAGUUACUGUUGGGGUAUGGUAGUGUUGCCCCUGAUUUGUACAGCUGACCGCUAUCACUGGAAUAUCAGAUCUAGAUGUGUGUAGACUGUUGUCCAACAUGCCGACAGCUAGUCAGUGUUUGAUUCUCAGCAACCUGGUUUCCCGGAGGUCCUACAACCCCUAUGUCCUGAGCGACAACACACCAGAGGGGGACAAUGAUGAAACGACCACACCCGAGGUAACCGCUGACCCUGCAAUCGCCACCAACAACGCUUCCGUCACGGCUAGUCAGCCCCGGACCACAGGGCAUCUCACACCCACCCUCGCCCGGUCUUCAGAGCGCCCAGCCACGACCCACGGGAGAGGCAGAAAAGCACCCACGCGUCCUAUAAUGCACGUGCAACUGUUUGCCAUUCAGCUGGCGACCCAGGCUUGCUUGCACCCGACCCAGACAUACCAAAACGGACGGGAUCUGCAUUUUUGGGUCACCGUCGAUACCCUAUCUCCACCCGGAUUUCGACAGUCGUUGCCCGGAGCAGUAGGAGGUUGGACCGACAUCGUGAGAUGACAACCUUCCAGAAACAGUGUAUGGACUCCGUUGAAGGCGCUCUCUCUCCGCGCAAUACUUACGAUACUAUUCAUACUGCGCAUGACCGGGAUUCAUACAGACUUCCGGAGUCAGAUUCGCGAAACAGGAAGGGAGGUUUGAACGUUGAUACAACAGUUGCCGUCGUCUCAGACGACGGCGUUCAGGUAAACAAUGCAGGUUUUUCCUUGUUAAGACGAGUUAACAUCAACGUCCUCGACGACGCACGUGCCGUGGCCAUGUUCCAGCGACCUGUGGUCAGAUUUGACAGUAACGUAAAGGUGUGUGACCCCCAGGAUAGAUUCCAGUCGGGCCUCCCACAUUCACAACCGCUGCUUCAUAUUGUUGACACUGACGUUGCGUCAGCAGCUGCGGCAACAGAUCUUGUGAGCCUGGCGUCCGACGCAGUGCACGGCGUGGCUGACACCGGGGAUGGCAUGGCCGACCCAGAGGGACAAGUACAACCACACGCUUUCCCGAUGAAAGGCCCCAAACUGUUCCUUCCGGUGGCAUGUACUGAUGAGCUGCGCGCGCGUUUAUACGAACUGGGCUGGCGACGACCAAUCAAACCAAAGAGAAAGAAGGAAGAAGCUCCUCAGGCACCUACUGUCGAUCUGAGUGGCCUCCCUUCGCUGAUGGACAUGAAGAAGGACCCAAUGCUCCGAAAGGCGCGGAAGGCCCGCGCCCCACCACUCCAAAGCAAACCCCCGGAGCCGAACCCUAACGCCGUUUGCUUCAGCAUCGUCGGCUCCACGCUGACCCACCAUGAAGUAUGGGCUGCCUUCAAGAAGGAUAUCCUGUCACAACACCCAGAGGUGAAGGUCAGGUCCUUACAGUUUAUCCCCGGGCCAUCUUCAUCAAACGACCCAAGGGGGGUGACCCUAUCGAGGAUCGGUGGGUCAUUACCUUCACCUCCGAGUGGUUCAGGAACAGGGUGGCAGGCAUGGACCUCAAGUUCAAGACUGAAGCAGUACAGCUUCGACGGUACGACGACGUCGUUAACUGCGAAUACCGACAGUUUACCCGGAUGAACGACUACAUGAAAAUGGUCAGCAUGAA